GGCCAGCCAAUGGUGAUCCGGCCGUUCCGCGGUAGGCACAGAUCAGAUUUCGAAAUAUGAGGCAUCGCCCCCCAAGACUGGCGUAAGCCGAAUGUCUUUAUGCUGUGCAUUGCCCUCGGUACAUGUACCUCGUCGCAUCUCUACUGAAUCUUUAAACUUCCAUCUGUUCCCCUCCUUCUCCUCUUUGUUCGACUCAUUCGCUAUCUCAUCGCUUGUGUAGCUUUGAUUGUCCCCUACGACCCUCAAUCUACUACUUCCAACCCACCGUGGAUCAACCCCCAGACCCUCAAACCCGCCAUGCACUAACCAACGCCUAGCGGCUACAACUAUACAUUAAAAAGCCACCAGACUCGUAUUCUGCCCAUAUCAUAUCGUGACGAAAUCACUCGUUUAGUUCGAUCUUCUCUCAAAGUACCAUGGGUCUCACCACACCUGCCAUCAUCGUUAUUGUGCUGGUCGGCUGCCUGGCCGUCACGGCUCUCGGCGCCGCCCUCUUCCGCCACUACCGACCGCUGGAAGAAGAAGCGCGAUACAGUGCCUCCUACGAGCAAGGACAAUACAUGCGUACGGUGCGAAUGCGCAACUAUGGCCACUUGAAGCAAGAGUCGCUAGGCGCAGUUAAGGAUCUCGAGUCACGAUAUACCGCGGACGAGGUUUCGAGCCACUACAACCCUCACCAAUACACACCUCACACGCCGCAAGAGUGAAACAGCUUGCACUUACCCUCUCUAUCCCUCUACGAAUUAUCGAUGACCACGAACUACCACGAUGAAAGAAUAUCAUAUGGCAAGAGUUUUGAAGGACCAUUUUCUGGAUCUAUACGGCGCAUAAUGGCGUCGCAACGGGAAUAACUGAAUGGAUGGAUGAAUUGGCAUAGGCCAAAUUUAUUUUCAGCGAUCUACCAUGUCUUCUAUCGACGACUGGGCGUAUAGCAGCCUAAGGUUGCUUGGAAGAUGCGGUCUGGGGUUUCUUGGGACUUUUCGGCGCAAUUUUUGCAUUUCAUUGAUUUUCAGACCAAAUGCAACACAGCAGUCAUUUAAAUGUUUUCUACCGGCCUCUCAUCUCUGAAUAUCAAAUGAAUAAUCAUACCUACU